AUGUCGGAUCAAGACACUCACCAAAAUAAAUACAGCACUUUGCGAAGCAUAUGGAAAUACCACACCGAUUUAUAUCAUGCAUUGUAUCAGUUAAAAACGGAAAAUGAAGAAGAUUUAAACUCAAAUUACAAACUGAUCAAAACAGAAUUGAUUGAUUCAAAGAAAUACCCACCAAAAAGGAUUAUGGGAGAUAUUUUAAAUAUUAUCCCGUAUAAUAAUCGCUAUACAAAGUCAUAUUUAUCUCUUGCCAAACUCAUAUCUGAUGAAUAUCAUGUCAAAGAGGUCAUCAAUAUUCUAACUAUUUCUAACUUCUUGUUUUAUAAAGAAUAUGGAAUUAAAUUAGACAAAUAUGAUGAUUUCGAAGAAUUUAACUCAGAAAAUCUCGAAAUUCAUUCAGAAAAUACAAUUUACAGAGCAAUUAUGCAUAACGACUUAGAAAGAUUCAUCCAAUCCACGGAAAUAGGAGAAUUUGAUAAAGACGAAAGACUUAUCAGUAUAUUAUAUCCACACUUUAAGAAAGGAUAUUCAUUACUUGAAUUAUGUUGUUACCAUGGAGCAGUUGAUUGUUUCAAGUUAUUAAGAACGAAAUUUAACUCAAAAAUAACUGAAACAUGUCUGAGAUUUUCGUUUUUAGGAGGAAAUCAAGAGAUCAUGAGCGAAUGUUUGAAAUAUCAAGAACCAAAUAAAUAUUGCAUGAAAUAUGCAAUUAUUUCACACAACAUUGAUUUUGUUACAUUCUUGAUGAAUGAGCACAAUAUAGAGAUCAAUUUGUCAUUAUGUUGGGAGUAUAAUAAUCUUGAAUCCCUUUUAGUUUAUUUUGAUCAAACUAAUGAUAUUAACAAUUGUUUUUACUAUUCUGCAUUGCUUUACAUACCAUCCCUUUGCGAAUAUUUCCUAUCACUUGGCGCCGAUAUCAAUGAUAAAGUUGAUGGACGAACCGCUCUUCAUAUUGCUGCACAGAAAAAUUAUAAAGAGACAGCUGAGUUUCUUCUUUCUCAUGGUGCAAAUAUCGAUGAAAAAGAUAAAUAUGGAGUAGACGCUCUAUAUCAUGCAUCAGAAUAUAAUUCUAAAGAAACAGCCGAAGUUCUUCUUUCACAUGGUGCAAAUAUAAAUAAAAAAUAUAAUGAAGGACAAACAGCUCUUCAUAUGGCAUCACAUUGGAAUUGUAUAGAAACAGCCGAACUUUUUCUUUCACAUGGUGCAAAUAUAAAUGAAAAAGAUAAUAAUGGAGAAACAGCUCUUCAUUAUACAGCAUAUCAUGAUAGUAAAGGAACAGCCGAACUUCUUAUUUCACAUGGUAUAAAUAUUAAUGAAAAAGAUAAUUUUGGAAAGACCGCUCUUCAUACUGCAGCAAAAGAAAAUUGUAAAGAAACAGCCGAACUUCUUAUUUCACAUGGUGCAAAUAUCGAUGAAAAAGAUGAGGAUGGAGAAACCGCUCUUCAUAUUGCAUCAGAACAUAUUUCUAAAGAAACAGUCGAAGUUCUUCUUUCACAUGGUGCAAAAAUAUAA